AACUAGUCGAAUUUCGUCAUCCACCAACUAUUAACCCUCAACUAGCAUGGGACAACGAAUUCAGAAAAUCCUAAUUGUGGGAGCCCUUGGAAUUGCCUUUUUGGCUAUUUUGGCGGUGCUGGUGUGUCGUCUGCUAGAAGAAUCAAUUCCCAAUGUCUUGGCGGUAGAGGAACGGAACUAUGCCUUUGACUAUGUGAUUGUUGGAUCUGGCACUGCGGGCAGCACUUUGACCUCGCUACUGGCCAAGCAUAGUAAUGGAUCAGUUCUGCUUAUUGAGGCUGGCGGAGCAUAUGGCCUGCUAAGCAGGAUUCCCCUGCUAACUACAUUUCAACAAAAAGGGAUUAAUGACUGGUCCUUUCUCUCAGUUCCCCAAAAAUACUCCUCACGGGGUCUUAUCGAGCAACGUCAAUGCUUGCCCCGGGGUAAAGGACUGGGUGGGUCAGCUAAUCUUAAUUAUAUGCUUCACUUUGAUGGCCAUGGGCCCGACUUUGAUGACUGGAAAUUGAAGCUGAAUCUUUCAAACUGGGGUUGGCGGCAGAUUUCACCGUUUAUGAAAGCCGCGACGGCCAAGCCAAUGGAUAUGUUUGAGAUAACAAGUGGUUAUUCCAAGUUAACUCAGGCUCUGGCGCAAGCCGAAGCGGAAUUCAUGCACAAACCUUUGACAUUUCGACGUUCUCGGUAUAAUAUUAAGAAUGGAUUGCGUCAUUCGGUGGUGCAACAAUUCUUACAGCCAGUUAUGAAAAAUUCCCGCCUGCGACUUCUUCCCCAGGCCCUAGUAAAAUCCAUAAAGCUGUCCAAGAAACCCAUGCUGCAUGCCAGCUCCGUGUUAGUGGGCAUUAAGGAUGAUGAUCACCAGAAGGAACAAAAUUUUCGCAUUGAGAUUAAGCGGGAGUUGAUAAUCUGUGCUGGAGCCUACCAAAGUCCACAACUGCUACAGGCUUCUGGAAUAGGCAACAGGUCAAGGUUAUUGGCGCUAAAUAUCCCUGUGCAGCAUGAUCUACCCAUGGUGGGACAGGGACUUCAUGAUCACUUCAAUUUGCCUCUCUUCGUGUCCAUCAAUAGCAUUGGACCCACUCUGAAUCAGGGCGCCCUCUUGAGUCCUGUAAAUCUGUAUCACUACCUCAGCUCUGGAACUGGUCACUUUGGCAACUUUGGUGUCCUGGGACAUGUGACCAGGCAUACCAAACGGUUUCCCUUUGGAAUAACCUUUUUUGGAGCCGGGGCCAUAGAUGAAGCCGCUCUCAUGUCCAUAUCGAAUUUCAAGAGUCCCGCCUUUCGUGCCCUUUUUCCUCGUUUUUAUAAUGCAUCGCAAGAAGGUUUUGUCAUCAUAUCGAGUUGCCUGCAGCCCAAGUCAAGGGGAUCCGUGCAAUUGCUGAACAAGAGCAUGAGAAGGAAUCCCUUAAUUGAUCCAAACUACCUAAGCCAAGACGAAGAUGUGGCCUGCACCAUAGAGGCACUUAAAACGGCAGUCAAGUUGGUCACCUCGGAAGCCUUUGCCGAGCUUCAGCCGCGUAUUCAUUGGCCCAAGCUUCAAGAAUGCUCGAAUUUUGGUCCUUUUGAAAGAGAUUUCGUGGACAAUCAGCCCUCGGAGCUUUACCUCGAGUGUCUGAUGCGACACAUUGGCCUCAGUUCCCAUCAUCCCGGUGGCACAUGCUCCCUGGGCAGCGUAGUGGACGAGCACUUAAAAUUACAUGGGAUUGCAAAUGUGCGAGUAGUGGAUGCUAGUAUUUUGCCUGGACCGAUUUCGGGGAAUCCCAACACAGUCAUUGCAGCGAUUGCCAUGAGAGCAGCCUCUUGGAUAUUGCAAAGUGAAUUACAAGAUUUUCGCACAGCUCAAAAUCAAUCGGAAUGAAAUGAAGGUUCAAAGUAAUACCAAAAGCACAUAAAUACCUGAAAUAAAAGAAUUUCUUACUAA